AUGGAUUUCUACUACAACUACUCAAUUAUAGAAUAAAGAUAUGCAAAUUAAUUUGGAAUACAAAAUAAUGUUAGCCGUAUUGAGGCUAACUUUUCUUAAUAGAAUUACACUUAAUUAGUUUCUAUUGGAAUUCCAAAAUAUAAUAUUGAUGAGAGAAAUCUUUAUAGAUACAGAAUCCUAAAAUACUUAAAUGUAUUACAACCAGAAUAGUAUUGUUGCACCCAGGAUGAACACUUUCUUAUCUAUUAAAAUCUUUAUUAACAUCUUUUAAAUGAAUAGAAAUUAAAAAACAUCAUUUAAUAAGAAGGAUUUAAAAUCUUACUCUAACUUGUCUUAAGUAUAAAAUAUAUUAUUAUAUAUUAGUAUUUGCUGAAUUUUAGAGAAGAAAAUUUUAUUGGCCACUUAAUUCUAUUAAUCAAAUUUAUUUUAUUGAUGGCAUAAUUUAUAUUUCAUUAUUGGAAUAUGAUUUUACCAAAUUUAAUUAACCAUUAAAUUAUUUAGAUAACUUCUGGAAAUUUUUCACCUAAUAUUUCAUUCAUGAAUAUUAAUUUUAAGAAAUGGCAUAUUUAAUGAAUUAAUAAAAUUUUGAUUAGAUACUUGAAUAUUUGUUUAUAAAAAAUGGUAAUAUUCAUCAAUAAAGUGGAUUGAAUCCAAAAUAUGAAAAAGUACUACAAUAUCUGUUGAAAAUUGAUAAAUUUAAUUCAUUAUAUUAAGGAAAUUGUGUUGUCAAAGAAUUUAAGAAAAAUGAAGUCUUUUCUAUUUAUCCUAAUUUAACUAAUGAUAUUGUAUAUAAAUCAACUGAAAUUAAAGGUAAUGAAGAUUCUUAAAAAACUAUUUUAUAAUAAAUUUAGAGAGACAUUGAAUUAAUGGAGUUGUUCUCAUAUAAUGAAAAUGUAGCAACCUGCUUUGCAUAUAUUAGAAUUUAAUAAUAUGCAUUUUUACUAUUUAGGAAAUUUUUUGGAACAUUAGCAAAUCGAUUUGAGACUUGGCCAAAAAGAGACUAAACUGAAGAAUAAAUAAGAAAAGAUGUAUAUGUUAUUACAUCAAGAACUGCAGAUUGUAUAAUAUAUUUUUAAAAAAUAGCAUUAAAAAUUCUGCAUGAAAAAUAAGUAAUUCAUAGAGAUCUAAAACCUGAGAAUGUAUUUAUUGACAAUGAAAAUUUAUCUGAUUCUUUUAGUUAUAUUGCUGAUUUUGACUGUUCUAAGUAAAUUUAAGGAUAAAUCAAUGUCACAUUAACCAAUGUAGAUAGCUCUUAUACUCAAAACUAUGAUCCCCCAGAAACAUAUUAAUCAUUUAAAUAUGAUAUAUUCUAAUUAGGUUUAAUUUUUUUAACUAUUGCAAAUAAAGGAAAAUAUAUUGGUGAUUAUAAAAGAGGACCAAGACUUUUAUAAGAUCAUGAAUUUGUUAAAUAUUAUAGUUUAGAGGCUAUCUAAAGAAGUUUAUAAUCUACUAAUUAUGAUAUCAAUUUCAUCAAUAUUAUUGCUUAAUGCCUUCACAGAGAUCCAAAUAGAAGACCUGAUAUUGGAACUAUUUGUAAUUUAUUAGGGCAAUUCAAAAAAAAUGUGUAAAUAAAAAUAAUUAGAAAAAGUAUAAUUUAGUAAUAAGAUUAAACAAAUGAAUAAUAAUAAUCAAUCUAAACAAAUGAUUAAAAUUAAAAAUCAAACCAUCAAAUAUAAAGGUCUAAUACUAUUACUAUAAUGUAAAAUAGUACAAAUAAUUAAGCAUUUUAAGAAUAAUCAUUAACACCAACUAAUUAUCAGCAAUAAUAAAAAAUACAAAUCAACUAUUAAAAUCCUGUGGAUUUAAACUCCCCAUAAUAAAUAAACAAUUUAUAAUAAAGCUAAUUUCAACAAUUAUAAUAAUCUUAAUCUACAAGAAAUUUAUACUAGACCAGCAACAAUAAAAUAAAAUUUUGGCUCAAUAAUUGA